AUGUGACUGAACAUGCUAGAUUAUCUCUCCUAUGAGUGUAAAGGUCUGAACCACCUUCCCAGAAACACACCCUGUCUGUCAUCAUCACCAUCAGGGGGAAAAUACACCCUGUCUGUCAUCAUCACCGUCAGGGGGAAAAUACACCCUGUCUGUCAUCAUCACCAUCAGGGGGAAAAUACACCCUGUCUGUCAUCAUCACCAUCAGGGGGAAAACACACCCUGUCUGUCAUCAUCACCAUCAGGGGGAAAACACACCCUGUCUGUCAUCAUCACCUUCAGGGGGAAAACACACCCUGUCUGUCAUCAUCACCGUCAGGGGGAAAACACACCCUGUCUGUCAUCAUCACCUUCAGGGGGAAAACACACCCUGUCUGUCAUCAUCACCGUCAGGGGGAAAACACACCCUGUCUGUCAUCAUCACCGUCAGGGGGAAAACACACCCUGUCUGUCAUCAUCACCAUCAGGGGGAAAAUACACCCUGUCUGUCAUCAUCACUGUCAUGGGGAAAACACACCCUGUCUGUCAUCAUCACCAUCAGGGGGAAAACACACCCUGUCUGUCAUCAUCACCAUCAGGGGGAAAAUACACCUUGUCUGUCAUCAUCACUGUCAGGGGGAAAACACACCCUGUCUGUCAUCAUCACCAUCAGGGGGAAAACACACCCUGUCUGUCAUCAUCACCGUCAAGGGGAAAACACACCCUGUCUGUCAUCAUCACCAUCAGGGGGAAAACACACCCUGUCUGUCAUCAUCACCGUCAGGUGGAAAACACACCCUGUCUGUCAUCAUCACCAUCAGGGGGAAAACACACCCUGUCUGUCAUCAUCACCGUCAGGGGGAAAACACACCCUGUCUGUCAUCAUCACCAUCAGGGGGAAAACACACCCUGUCUGUCAUCAUCACCGUCAGGGGGAAAACACACCCUGUCUGUCAUCAUCACCGUCAGGGGGAAAACACACCCUGUCUGUCAUCAUCACCGUCAGGGGGAAAACACACCCUGUCUGUCAUCAUCACCAUCAGGGGGAAAAUACACCCCGUCUGUCAUCAUCACCGUCAGGGGGAAAACACACCCUGUCUGUCAUCAUCACCGUCAGGGGGAAAACACACCCCGUCUGUCAUCAUCACCGUCAGGGGGAAAACACACCCUGUCUGUCAUCAUCACCGUCAGGGGGAAAACACACCCUGUCUGUCAUCAUCACCAUCAGGGGGAAAAUACACCCCGUCUGUCAUCAUCACCGUCAGGGGGAAAACACACCCUGUCUGUCAUCAUCACCGUCAGGGGGAAAACACACCCUGUCUGUCAUCAUCACCGUCAGGGGGAAAACACACCCUGUCUGUCAUCAUCACUGUCAGGGGGAAGAUUAAUGAAGGAAUGAAGUGAUAAUGCCCCACCAACAUUGCCCUCCUCCAAUAGGCCAACAUUGCCCUCCUCCAAUAGGCCAACAUUGCCCUCCUCCAAUAGGCCAACAUUGCCCUCCUCCAAUAGGCCAACAUUGCCCUCCUUCAAUAGGCCAACAUUGCCCUCCUCCAAUAGGCCAACAUUGCCCUCCUUCAAUAGGCCAACAUUGCCCUCCUCCAAUAGGCCAACAUUGCCCUCCUUCAAUAGGCCAACAUUGCCCUCCUCCAAUAGGCCAACAUUGCCCUCCUCCAAUAGGCCAACAUUGCCCUCAUCCAAUAGGCCAACAUUGCCCUCAUCCAAUAGGCCAACAUUGCCCUCCUCCAAUAGGCCAACAUUGCCCUCCUCCAAUAGGCCAACAUUGCCCUCCUCCAAUAGGCCAACAUUGCCCUCCUUCAAUAGGCCAACAUUGCCCUCCUCCAAUAGGCCAACAUUGCCCUCCUUCAAUAGGCCCACAUUGCCCUCAUCCAAUAGGCCAACAUUGCCCUCAUCCAAUAGGCCAACAUUGCCCUCCUCCAAUAGGCCAACAUUGCCCUCCUUCAAUAGGCCCACAUUGCCCUCAUCCAAUAGGCCAACAUUGCCCUCAUCCAAUAGGCCAACAUUGCCCUCAUCCAAUAGGCCAACAUUGCCCUCAUCCAAUAGGCCAACAUUGCCCUCCUCCAAUAGGCCAACAUUGCCCUCAUCCAAUAGGCCAACAUUGCCCUCCUCCAAUAGGCCAACAUUGCCCUCCUCCAAUAGGCCAACAUGCCGGUUUAUCUUGUUUUUCUAGAGAAGCAUUUAUUUUAUUUUUUGGGGGCAGAAGGCUCUUCACCUUUAAGAAUCCCUUUGGCUAGCUCUCAGUGAUGAUGACCCUAUAUGGGGAAGGCUCUUCACCUUUAAGAAUCCCUUUGGCUAGCUCUCAGUGAUGAUGACCCUAUAUGGGGAAGGCUCUUCACCUUUAAGAAUCCCUUUGGCUAGCUCUCAGUGAUGAUGACCCUAUAUGGGGAAGGCUCUUCACCUUUAAGAAUCCCUUUGGCUAGCUCUCAGUGAUGAUGACCCUAUAUGGGGAAGGCUCUUCACCUUUAAGAAUCCCUUUGGCUAGCUCUCAGUGAUGAUGACCCUAUAUGGGGAAGGCUCUUCACCUUUAAGAAUCCCUUUGGCUAGCUCUCAGUGAUGAUGACCCUAUAUGGGGAAGGCUCUUCACCUUUAAGAAUCCCUUUGGCUAGCUCUCAGUGAUGAUGACCCUAUAUGGGGAAGGCUCUUCACCUUUAAGAAUCCCUUUGGCUAGCUCUCAGUGAUGAUGACCCUAUAUGGGGAAGGCUCUUCACCUUUAAGAAUCCCUUUGGCUAGCUCUCAGUGAUGAUGACCCUAUAUGGGGAAGGCUCUUCACCUUUAAGAAUCCCUUUGGCUAGUUGUCAGUGAUGAUGACCCUAUAUGGGGAAGGCUCUUCACCUUUAAGAAUCCCUUUGGCUAGUUCUCAGUGAUGAUGACCCUAUAUGGGGAAGGCUCUUCACCUUUAAGAAUCCCUUUGGCUAGCUCUCAGUGAUGAUGACCCUAUAUGGGGAAGGCUCUUCACCUUUAAGAAUCCCUUUGGCUAGCUCUCAGUGAUGAUGACCCUAUAUGGGGAAGGCUCUUCACCUUUAAGAAUCCCUUUGGCUAGCUCUCAGUGAUGAUGACCCUAUAUGGGGAAAAACCCAACUUGUAAAAGCUGCUCUUGAAAACAGGUCAUUACCAGUAUUUGACUCAUGAUGAUUUUCCUUCCUUCAACUGUCUUCCUUCCAGUAUUUGUUUUAAGAAGUCUCCAUGGUAACAAUAUGCCACACAUUACUGAUAUGUAUUUUUUUGUUGUUGUUGAAGAAAACAAAUGUAUUUUCUCUCUGUUAGAGAUGCAUGGUAAUAACCACCCUGACAUAUGUGAAUAGCAAACAAAAAUGACAACGACGACAUUGAGGAAAAGGUGUAAGAGAAUGUUAUUGCAGUGUACAAAAUAUCUCAUCAAAAAUGAAUAUUAUUAUUGCUUUUAUCUCAGUAAGGUGUACAAAGUGAUGAUGUUUAAUGUCUGGCAGGUUUACAUUUGUGUGUAUCUGACAUUUUAUUGCUUAAAAAAGGAUGAAUUAUUAGCUUUGCCCUUUAGCUUUUCUCCUCUGUAUUCAUUCUUGAUCUUGAUCUUUACCUUGAUCUUUGCCUUGAUCUUGAUCUUGAUCUUUACCCUGAUCUUGAUCUUUAACUUGAUCUUUACCCUGAUCUUGAUCUUUACCUUGAUCUUUACCUUUACCUUGAUCUUUACCUACUUGAGUUAGUAGCAGAAACUUGGAUUGUGGAUUUUGACAAAUGUUUUAGUAGGCUGUUAGUGGAAUAAUAAUGAAAUAGCAGUCAACAUAGAUAACAUUGAUAGACUCUCCAGUUUCAAUUCAUUCUCUACUUUCUCAGUAUGAAACCCAACCUGACCCUAAGUAAACGAAGCGAUCCGAUUUUAGAUGCCUUUUUUUUCUUCAUAUUCACUAGCCUUUUGAAAACUUAAGCCCAAAGUUAUAAAACUAUAACAGGUGCUCUUAUUUGUGUCCCGUGAGUUAUGUUUGUAGGAUGGACAACGUUAAAAGAUAGAUUCUGCCUGGAGAGUACAAGGACUAAACUUUACGGUAUGAAUAUCAUCCUCUUGGUUUGCAACUCGUCUCAAAACCCCUUGACUUGUGUCUGUUUGAGUACUGAGCCCAGUCCACAGGCAUCUAUUAAUGAAUACGUAGUUUCAAGUAGAAGUCAAGUAGAAAUUUAAAAAAUAAUGAAAUAAAACAUACGGCUGCUUUUAGCUACGGUUGCCCAGCAACUGUAAAGCACUAGAACAUUUCAGUAGUAGCGAUUUGAAGUGUUUCCCUUCCUCUCCUGUACUCCUCCUCACUCAGCUGCUUCCUAGAUUCAAGACAAAAGGGUCUAUCUAAAAAGGACAAUAUCCAGAACAGACAAGUCACCAGCCUGCUCUUUGACAUUCAAAGCAUGGGACGCCUGACUGGGAUAUUUCUUAGUCGUUUAUUUUGUUGUUGUCAUAUGCUAUAUUUUUUUCUGUUUGUUAAAAACAGGACCUCGAAACAACACAACACAUCACCUCAUUUAUUGUUUUGUUUUUUCAAUUUUUCUUACCAAAACCCAGAGAGAGGAAACUAAAUCUUGCACAAUUGCUCAUUAAAAUAUAUGUUGUAUCAUUUGGAUUUAAGUUCAUGUUUGUUUGGUUGUUACAAAUAGUGCUACUGCCAACCAAUGCUUGUGAGGUAAUAAGUGCAGGUGUGUUCAAGUUGACACUAACCAGUCUAUUCCUGGAAAAUCAUCCUCUAGGCUGAUACAUUGUCUAAACUAUGAACAUGUACUGAUUGAUCAUGAUACAUGCGAUUCUUACAUUUGAAAGAGUUUGACUGUUUCUUACAGAGGAAGUUGGAUAUAAAUAUUGGUAUAAAUGUAAAAAAAAAAAAAAAGAAGAAGGUUAUGUCUUAAACAUAGCCUUUUUAUAUCAAGUAAUACAUUUUAAAAGACCAUGGCUAUGUUCAAUUCCAGACACAAUUGUAGGAUUCAAAUGUAGCAUUUAUCUUUUUAUUCAUUUAUUGAUAAAACUAAUGAAAAGUUAUUAGUAUUUCGUUUUGUCCUCUCUGGGUUUCUGUGAGCUAAUCUGAAUUCUAGCACUUUCAACCUUUUAAAAAAAGUUUUUUUUCUUUUACCAUUUCAGCUUAUAUGUUGAUAUGUUUUUUCAUUUGUAUUUGAUCCUGUAUAUGUAUGUGCCAUUAGUUUGAUGUGUAGAUUUGAUCAACCUUUGUGUAUUUUUCUCCAAAAGAAUAACAGUAUUUUUGCUAAGACUUUUCACUAAUACCUUCUUUCAUGUGCCCCCCCACUCCCCUCUCAGCCCAUUGGGUAACCAGCGUUCAUGUGCCCUACCCACUCCCCUCUCAGCCCAUUGGGUAACCAGCGUUCAUGUGCCCUACCCACUCCCCUCUCAGCCCAUUGGGUAACCAGCGUUCAUGUGCCCCCCCACUCCCCUCUCAGCCCAUUGGGUAACCAGCGUUCAUGUGCCCCCCCACUCCCCUCUCAGCCCGUUGGGUAACCAGCGUUCAUGUGCCCCCCCACUCCCCUCUCAGCCCAUUGGGUAACCAGCGUUCAUGUGCCCUACCCACUCCCCUCUCAGCCCAUUGGGUAACCAGCGUUCAUGUGCCCCCCCACUCCCCUCUCAGCCCGUUGGGUAACCAGCGUUCAUGUGCCCCCCCACUCCCCUCUCAGCCCAUUGGGUAACCAGCGUUCAUGUGCCCUACCCACUCCCCUCUCAGCCCAUUGGGUAACCAGCGUUCAUGUGCCCUACCCACUCCCCUCUCAGCCCGUUGGGUAACCAGCGUUCAUGUGCCCCCCCACUCCCCUCUCAGCCCAUUGGGUAACCAGCGUUCAUGUGCCCUACCCACUCCCCUCUCAGCCCAUUGGGUAACCAGCGUUCAUGUGCCCCCCCACUCCCCUCUCAGCCCAUUGGGUAACCAGCGUUCAUGUGCCCUACCCACUCCCCUCUCAGCCCAUUGGGUAACCAGCGUUCAUGUGCCCCCCCACUCCCCUCUCAGCCCUUUGGGUAACCAGCGUUCAUGUGCCCUACCCACUCCCCUCUCAGCCCAUUGGGUAACCAGCGUUCAUGUGCCCCACCCACUCCCCUCUCAGCCCAUUGGGUAACCAGCGUUCAUGUGCCCCACCCACUCCCCUCUCAGCCCAUUGGGUAACCAGCGGUCAUGUGCCCCCCCUCCCCUCUCAGCCCAUUGGGUAACCAGCGUUGCCUUCUCUAUUGAAAUUGUAUCUAACCCAACAACAAAUAUAUUCUACAACCAAGUAUCUGUAACAGAGAGCAUGGUGAACAUUAUACGUUGUCGUCCCUAGGACAAUAGAAGGACUACCAGAUCGACCUCUUCUUCAAGGUAAAAAAAAAAAGAGCAGGUCCUGUUCUCCGACAGAUGUGACACAGUUCCAUCCAACAGCACAUUAUCUGGGGAACCCAGUUCGAAAGCACUUUUAUUCAGCCCCCAUGUUCAUAACAACUGACUGAUGCAUGACUGUAAAGGGUUGUACUACUGCCUACUAGCUAGAAAACACAUGUUGCUUCUAGACAGAUUCAGGCAGUCUUGAAAUGAAUAUUGUACAACACUCUAUGUUAACAUGAUGUGCCAAGACAGGGCUUGUUAUAGAGAAGGUAAGUACGUCUCCAUCUGCCCCAGUUUACAGUAGACUUCACCUCACACAUAACAGUUUACAGUAGACUUCACCUCACACCUAACAGUUUACAGUACACUUCACCUCACACAUAACAGUUUACAGUAGACUUCACCUCACACAUAACAGUUUACAGUAGACUUCAUCUCACACAUAACAGUUUACAGUAGACUUCACCUCACACAUAACAGUUUACAGUAGACUACACCUCACACAUAACAGUUUACAGUAGACUUCAUCUCACACAUAACAGUUUACAGUACACUUCACCUCACACAUAACAGUUUACAGUACACUUCACCUCACACAUAACAGUUUACAGUAGACUUCAUCUCACACAUAACAGUUUACAGUAGACUUCACCUCACACAUAACAGUUUACAGUGGACUUCACCUCACACAUAACAGUUUACAGUAGACUUCACCUCACACAUAACUGUUUACAGUACACUUCACCUCACACAUAACAGUUUACAGUAGACUUCACCUCACACAUAACAGUUUACAGUAGACUUCACCUCACACAUAACAGUUUACAGUAGACUUCACCUCACACAUAACAGUUUACAGUAGACUUCACCUCACACAUAACAGUUUACAGUAGACUUCACCUCACACCUAACAGUUUACAGUAGACUUCACCUCACACCUAACAGUUUACAGUAGACUUCACCUCACACCUAACAGUUUACAGUAGACUUCACCUCACACAUAACAGUUUACAGUAGACUUCACCUCACACAUAACAGUUUACAGUAGACUUCACCCCACACAUAACCGUUUACAGUAGACUUCACCCCACACAUAACCGUUUACAGUAGAGGUGAUAGAAAUGCUAAUAUAAUUCAUUGGCAAAAGAAAACUAAAACUAAAGUACUUGUUGGAGGCAGCUUUAAAUGCUACGUUUUUCAGAGCUAACCUUGGGAAGUGGCCUUUUCAGGAGUAUUUUAGCAGUACUUCAGUAUCAUCAGGAUGACCUAAUCAUGAGUCCACCCCACUCGUUGUUGGAGAGAUACCUCUGCUCUACCCCUGAGAAGGCCUACCUCUGACAGUGGUGGUAUGAUUCAAAGCAUCAGAUAGGUCUUUGGCAUUGUUAAUGAAAGGUUGUGGAAGUAAUAUCUCGCCUUCAGUUCUGACUGAGUGCGGAGCGGAUGUUUUCGCUACAAUGCCUUGUUGGUUCAUUACCUCGCCUGCACCUACUAGAGAUGCACUUGUCCUCACCGUUCCUCUGUUAGUAGGUGAACAACACAGAAUUUAAGGGAAUUAUUUGAUCAAUUUUAAGUCAGAAAACCGAUUGGAUUUCAUGAAUGCUUUUUUUUUGUCUUCUAGUGAGAAACUGGGUGAAAAGACAGAAUGUAGUUUUAUAUAUAUAUGUUUAGCUUGAUGUACGUCUUGCAUUCUAUGCUUUUUGUGUAUCGUGUUUAGUGACAUAGACAUUUAUUUUUAGUACUUGCUUAUUACAGCCAACUCUGGAAAAAAAAGGUGAACGAAACAAAAAUGGAAUAUUUACUUUCAUCCUUACACUAUUUUACAUUUUAUCAACUAUAUUCUUCAGAGAAAAAAAAACCAUAGCUUUUUUUUGUUUUGUUUUGUUUUGUUACAUAUCUCACAUGCGAUCAGUUGCUGCAAUGUAAAGGGACAGAUUUGUAUAUUGGUUGAUCCAAAGAGAUGACAUAAAUCAGCAAACCUCUUUUACUUAUUGUACAGUACAUUGUAUCUUUGACUUGUCAUGUGUUAUGUUGAAAUUAUUAAAAGACAAAUUCACGGUUUCAUACUU